AUGGCAUCUGGUGCGGAUCCCUACGAGGUCACCCUGGCAGAGGAGCUGCGUGCUUUGCAAACGCGGCUGCUGGAAGAGCACCGGAAGGUGUUGUCCACGAAUGGCGAAGCGAGGGAGUCCCACAAGACUAUUCACCGCAGCGCUUCCUCCUCUUCCACAGCAUGCAACUCUGCCGGGCUUAUGGGACCCAAGCUUGUCAAGCCGCCGCAAGGUGCUGUGAACGGGGAUGAGACGGGCGACGGCAGCGAGGUCUGCAGAAAGCUCUCGGGUUCGGAUCUCUUCGAGAAGGCUUGGGCCCACGAGGCCCAGCGAGUCCAUGAGAAGUGGUUCCUGAUGAGCCUGAAGCUGACAGACGCUGCUGAGGAGUCGACCCAAAUGGUGCCAGUGCUGACUGAGCCGCCAAGGGCGGGGAAAGAGGCAGACUCCGGCGACAAAAGCAGUUUUAUCAACCUGCUUCCGACAUGGAAUCGCGGCUUGCAUGAGUCCUACAAGCAGCAGCGGAAGGCAAAGAGGAGAUCCAUGCGCGGAGUUACGGUCAGAAUGAAUGAGAAGGUGAAGGACAAUACGUGCCUGCAGCCAUUCAUCAUUGUACCAUCGAGCCCGAAGCGCGUGACAUGGACUUUUCUCGGUUUCCUCUUCAUUGUUUGGGAUCUGGUGACCAUCCCCAUGGCCAUGUUCGACAUCCCCGGCUUCUCAGACUUCUUGGACAUCAUGGGGCGGAUCACCUUUGGCUACUUCCUACUGGAUGUCUUCCUGCAGUUCAUCUUUGCUGUGGAUGAGAAAGGCCAGCUGGAGAUGCGACCGAGGGUGAUCGCUCACCACUACCUGCGCUCGUGGUUCUUCCUGGAUGUGCUCCUCCUUGGCAUUGAUGUGACGCUCUACACCCUGGAGGCCGUUGCGGCUGGAGACGCGGCGAGUGGUUUCAGAACGGUGCGCCUUCUGCGAUCUCUACGCCUUCUUCGCUUGAUGCGACUGCUUCGGAUUGGCAAGCUCAAGCAGGCUCUGCAGAUCUUGGCCAAUCGCUUUUCCUCGUUGUACUUCCUCAUGAUCCUGAAG